AUGAUAAUUAUCGUAACAUUCGCGAGAGCAACAAGCCUUUACUAUAUUUCUGGAACUAGUAGAAGUGCCGCAUUGCGGACUAUGGGUCUCGCUACCGCGGACAAGGACGUCUUAGAGCAAGCUGUUUUCGCUGUCUACCCUCACAACGUCCCGCUGCAGCAUUCAAGAAUGCCGACAAAUAGGCGAGGGAGCUUCAUCUUUUGGGAUCCGGAUGAUCUGAAUCCGGCUCAGGGCAAAGCUCCUCGAAAGCAGACAGAGGAUCAUGCUUCUUCAUCGCGGUCAUCGUUAUCCAACUCUUCUCCCCCUCCUUACGACAAGGCGUCGGAGGGCGACGACGCUGAUAUGCCUAGACGCUUCUCCUCUCAUCAGGAAAGACGUCUAGCAGCCUCAGUAACUCGCGCAGUCGAGGAUCAUAUCGCCAAGUCUCCCCCAUCAUCGAUGCUCAGUGGCCACUCGCCUUCCAACAAGACGCGGCGCUCUGCCGGACAGGAAGAGGGACCACACCCAAAACCCAUCAAGACGGAAAUGGAAGAUGAAGACAGGGAGAAGAAGCAGCAGAAAAUCAAGAACGACUGUCCGCCAGUUAGAAGAAGCACCAGGCCACUAGUUGAGAGAAGCAACAUCCCAGCAGUUGAGAGAAGCACCAGGCUACCAGUCGAAGGAAGCAACAACGACAGACCACCACUUGAGGAACUUCUUCAGCAAGCGCUUGGGGAGUUCAAGAAGCUUCCGUUGGCCAAAGCCGAUCGAUAUGGUUUCCGGCCGUCGGAGGAAUCAAGCGAAAUGGGCUGCCACUAUGAUACAUCCCGCCUAGCGGACAUUUGGUUGCGAAUGGACGUGUCGCAUAUGGCGUGGCAGCAGCGGAGAACAUUUCCAAUCUUGAUCGUUAUCUACUAUGAAGACCUCCGCGAUCUUGCCGCUCCAAGAACGCCUGCACACGAGCAAUGA